CGGAUGAGAACUGUCAAACAAAGUUAAAGAUGGAUUCUGAGAUGCCUCGGUAUCGGUUUGUGUAUUUCUUGUGAAGUGAUUGUGCGACAAAAUAGACAAACACGGAUUACGGAAAAUUAAAUGUUGUUUAUUUCAUGGCGGAGCGAGUAAUGGAAAACGUCGAGGAGAAAGUCGAAGAGACAACCGGCGAAGAAGCGAAAACAGACUCGAAUCAAUGCAAUGAUAAUUCGACAGCAAACCUAAUAGCUUCGCAAAUUAGUUUAGCUUCGGAUGGAUCACAACAAAACUCUGGCUCUAGCACUGAAAAUAUCCCUAAAUCACCAUCCAUUUUACGGAAUGCAGCAGUUAUAGGCGAACAGACUGUAACGCCGAAAUUGAACGAUCGUGGAUCAAAAAAUGUUUCAUCGCUUUCGGUAUCACCGAAAAGUGGACCAGCAGGCGACGGAUCAUACAGCGACGGUCAAGGGCCUUCGACUGUAUCAAUGGAUUCAGACUCCAAUAGAACAAUAAUAACAUCAACCCGACACGCCCUCCUUCCUUGGGGCACCCAAUCGCGAGCUUCUAUUAUCGGAUCAGUAGCCAUGCUUAACCCUGGCGACAUGCAGGCUGGCGGAGACAGUGCUCUUCGCCCAGGUGAAAUAGUUAUGCGAAACCUAUUUAGCGACUUCACCCAACAAGCAGAAAAGAAAAUUGAAGUUGUGAUGAUGGAAAGUGCAGAUAAAAAUUUAUCCAAACUUCUACAACGUGGCGAGGAUGCACAAUUCGAUCAGUUGCUUUCCGGCUUAGGAUCUGUCGCUGAACAUUGUUUACCAUCUUUAUUGCAUACCCUACUUGCUUGGCAUCGUCGUCAGUUGUCUGAUGCUGAAAUUAAAAAUGAUUUGAAACGAGUAGAGAAAAUCGCUCCGAAACCAGCAACACAAGUGGAUCUUGAAUUCCAAUUGCAACGCCGUGAAGCUGCUGUGGAGUUUAUCUUUUGCUUGGCGUUAAUAGAAGUUUUGAAGCAAUUGCCGUUUCAUCCAGGACAUGAAGAUAUUGUCAAGAAUAUCGAAAAUUUGGCUUUCAAACACUUCAAAUAUCGUGAAGGUUUGCAGAAUAAUCCGAAUGCACAUAACAUUCACAUGAUUGCGGAUUUGUAUGCUGAAGUUAUCGGGGUUUUAGCCCAGAGUCGCUUCAGUUCGGUAAGAAAACGCUUCAUGAGUGAGUUAAAAGAAUUGAGGGCUAAGGAGCCAAGCCCGAACACAACACAAAGUAUUAUAAGUUUAUUGAUGGGUAUGAAAUUCUUUCGUGUAAAGAUGGUACCAAUCGAGGAAUUCGAGGCAUCGUUCCAGUUCAUGCACGAAUGUGCACAAUAUUUUCUUGAAGUGAAAGACAAGGAUAUCAAACAUGCACUGGCAGGGCUAUUUGUGGAGAUUUUAGUUCCCGUGGCGGCGGCUGUCAAAAACGAAGUGAAUGUACCUUGCGUUAAAAAUUUUGUGGAACUAUUAUAUGCGCCGACAUUAGACGCUUGCACUAAAUCUAAACAUCGCUUGGCCCUCUUUCCGCUGGUAACCUGCCUGCUUUGUGUCUCGCAAAAGACAUUUUUCCUGAAUUCAUGGCAUUACUUCUUGGCCAUGUGUUUAAGUAACUUGAAGAAUCGUGAUUCGAAAAUGAGCCGAGUGGCUUUGGAGUCAUUGUAUCGAUUGUUGUGGGUUUAUAUGAUUCGAAUUAAAUGUGAAUCGAAUUCAGCGACGCAUUCACGAUUGCAAAGCAUAGUCAAUUCAUUGUUUCCAAGAGGUUCGAAAACUGUCGUCCCUAGGGAUACACCCCUAAAUAUCUUUGUGAAAAUUAUACAGUUCAUUGCACAAGAGCGAUUGGAUUUUGCUAUGCGAGAAAUUGUAUUUGAGUUGCUUUGGGUUGGACGUUCUAUCAAAGUUAUUAUGACACCAGAGAGAAUGAGUAUUGGCCUGCGAGCCUUCUUAGUAGUAGCAGAUUCGUUGCAACAAAAGGACGGAGAGCCGCCAAUGCCGCGCACUGUCGGUGUUUUACCUUCAGGCAAUACUUUACGUGUCAAGAAAACAUACCUCAAUAAAAUGCUAACUGAUGACACUGCCCGGAGCAUUGGCAUGUCCAAUUAUUUUCCACAUGUUAGACGAGUAUUUGUGGAUAUACUGCGUGCAUUGGAUGUUCAUUACGGUCGUCCUUUAAUGAUGACAAACACCCAAAACCAAAACAAAGAGCCGGAUGAGAUGCUUACGGGUGAACGAAAGCCGCGAAUAGAUCUAUUUCGGACAUGCGUUGCUGCGGUUCCGCGCCUCAUUCCAGAUACUAUGACUGCUCUGGAACUUGUCGAUAUGCUUUCACGGUUAACAGUCCAUAUGGACGAAGAAUUGCGUAUGUUAACGCAUCAAUCACUGCAAACUCUAGUUUUAGACUUUCCCGAUUGGCGACAGGAUGUAGUUCACGGCUACACACAGUUUGUAGUGCGUGAUGUGAUUGAUACAUUCCCUCAAUUGUUGGAGAAUUGUACACGCUUAUUGCUCGUGUUUUUGAAUAUUUGGCGCUGUAAUAUUGCAAAUAAUAAUAUAGCAAAUGCAAGUAACAAUUUGAAAACGCCAACAACAAGCUCAGCUCAAGUCGGAGUAAAGGAUAGCAUCAAUUCUCAGCAACCAAGCAUGCUUAAAGUGGGCACGUCGAAUUCCAAUUCGAGCGGAACGUCUAGCUUGAAUUCGAGUGGAGUCUCAAGUAUGACACAGCCAACAGUAGUGAAUUUAACGGAUCCUCAGAAAAAGAAUGAGAUGCCACUGGCUACAACAUUUCAUUAUGUGCAAGGAUUUGCUUUAGUCCUGCUGUGCAACAGUCGUCCUUUCAUUAGAAAAUUGGCUACGUUGAUAUUGAAAGAGGUGAAAACGUUGAUGAAGUCACUUGGAUUGCUUGAAAUUGAACCCCCGCUGAUUGAUGUGAUCGAUAAAUGUUGUCCACAGGUCCUUGAGAAAAUAUUACCAUUACUCCCUCAAACCGAAAAAACGGCAAUUCUCAAUGCAAAUGUCAUCGAUCUACAAUGGAUAGUAGAUCGAAAUAGCGGUAUCUGGGUCAGUGGAUACGUUGACGACUCCUCCAAAUCAUCAACAUCGACAUUAAACUUGUCGCAGUCAGGUAAUCAACAACAAUUUGAUCCUUGGUCAGCUUGUUUGUUUGGAUUCAUGGAGAGAAAUAAGGUUUUGCAACAAUGUCCUUCAGUCGUGGCUCAAGCUUGGCCAAUUUGUUAUCUACGAGUAACAACGUUGUUUGGUGUUAUCGAUCCAACACCCGUAAGUGAUAAUCGCGCUUCACUUCUGAGAAGCUCGGCUCCCACGAAGAAAACUCCUACCGAAAGUCAAAAGGAUCAUUAUCUCAAAUUAUGGCGGAAUCAAGUGGCCAUGGCUAUGCGGUUAGUGCCCCAAAUACCAAGCGUAGCAAUUCGAUGUGCAUCUCCUGAUUUGAGUUUGAGUUUGCAUGAUCAAUCGGACUCUCGAUCCCUAUCCGAUUCCUUGGAUAAUAUUCCAAACGUGUUCGGACCCGAGGGACUUGUAACGAGAUUCACACUUCCACUAUCCUAUGGGCGAAAAGAAGCUAGACAAAAACGACUUGGUUCAUCGCCGGAUUCAUUGAAUGCAGAUCGCAGUGAUAAGUCUGCAAUUGGUUCAGCAUCGCCGUUAGCGCUUUAUAAGUUGGUGGUUCCAUUGUUACGUUGCGAAGUAGCCGAUGUAAGAGAUGCAGCUGUUAAUGCUCUGGGAAUGAUAAAUCAUGAUGCAUUAAAAGACUUAAUGGAGGAAUUUGUGAUUUAUAUACGAGAAGCAGUGGACAGAAAGCAGGAAAAUAUGCGUCGUAGAAAACGUAAGGACGCCCUUCGAUUGCAGCUUGUUAAAGUUUUCGAGAAGAUUGCAGAGCAUGGAACCUACGGAGUCAGUCCUUGCGUUUUGGAACGAGACACAAUGUCGCUUCACCCGACAUUCGUGGAAUAUAUCGAAGGAGCACGAAUUUACCUCGAAUCUGAAACUGAUAAAGAUAAUACCAGCAUUCGCGAAGUUAAGAUACAUUUUUGCGACUUUAUUCGGAAGAUGAUAAAAAAUUUUACACUGGAAUCAUGUGCGACACUUUUGUCACGCGAUUUAAGACGAAAUCUUUUCAACUUGUUUGCAACAUGGUGUGGGUCAUUUUCGAAACCACUGGGAAUAUCUUCACAAAUUGGAGCGACGGCUGAUGAAGAGAAACUCCAAUUCAGCGCACUUCAGGCUAUGUCCGCAGUUCUUUGUUGUGGCCCCUGUUUUGACCCGCAGUACCUUUCUGAGGAAGGUUUAAUCUACAAGUGGUUGGAUUUACUUUUGACUUCGAAAGAUGAAAAGAUAUAUCUGCUGGCACGCGACACAGUAGUCCUUCUGCUGGAGUCGAAUACAGAUAUCGGUCAACUCCUGGAGUGGGUCAUAGACAGAUGUUACACGGCUAUUCCAAGGGAGGCUGACGCGUGCUUUUUGUCGCUGGCAGCGAUUUUUAGUGCAAGAGAAUAUCCCUGCGAUCAUUAUACAUCUGUGAUAAAUGUAACACUCCUAAUGACUGGCUGCCCACGCGUUGAAGUCCAUUCUACAGCUCUGCAAUUGUUGCAAAUUCUGGAUAAACGCUUUUUCGGAACCGUCGGACCUCUUCAAGUGGAAAGUGAUAAAGAAGAUGAGAAGAUUGGCACGUUGGACACUCUACUCAGCAAUGCAUACUGUAGGUCGCAACGGUUCCUAUCCAAACAGAUGGCACAACUUCGACCCGAAUUGACAAUGUCAAUGUUUUCCGAAAUUACACAUCGUUUCCAAACGGCUCGAGAGGAAGUCCGUGCUCUGCUCCUACAAUGCCUGCUUCCGUGGCUCGAGAACAUGGAACUAGUUGCAACCAGUGUACCUCCUGCAACGCCAUUAUCGUAUAUCAUGUAUUUUCCCGACUCGGGAACGCGGGGCCGACGUGAAGGAUCUGGUUCGACAGAAGCAACCGAGAUGAUAUUGAAUAACUUGUUCUACAUCACUGCAAAAUUCGCAGAUUCACACCCUAGAGACAUCGAAGAAUUAUGGGGCACUCUAUGUCAAUUCUGGCCAAAUAAUUUGAAAGUGAUUUUACGAUAUUUGGUGAUAAUGUCGGGAAUGGCUCCGAAUGAACUUCUUCCAUAUGCAAAACGGGUUGCGUUGUAUUUAGCUCGAACGUGUCCUAAUCGUCUUCUUGACGAGCUCAUGAAUGAACUUCAGACAGUGGAGACAUUAAAUUGCUUAAUUGAGCGCACUGAAACUCCUCCUUUCUACCGUCUCACAAGCAUGAGAAAAGCUUCCAGCCAUUCAGACGGACAAACAGCUGGAAUAAACGAUUCACGAAUACAGGAUUUGGCGGUGGAGAAAGGAACCAUUCAUACAAAGCGUCAUAGUGGCGAGGAUCCAAUAAAAACGGGAACAUGUAAAUCGGACAGUGGCAUCAGAGCAUUUACAUCAACCGGCAAUCGCCCCCCAAGAGGCAGUGACAAAAUAAGGGCGGCAUCUGGUCCUUCCGUCCUACCACGUCCCGAGGACAUAAUGGCAAACGACCCAGAGUUUGGCCAAGAAGAAAACGUUGAACUUCGCUCGGAUCCACCGUUGGCACCACAUCCACUUCCUAUGCCUGAAUAUGGAGGUUACUUUGCUCCGUUAACAGAAUUUCUCCCUGACAUUAGCCUGCCGAUUAGUGGGUUCCAUAGAUGCAAUGUAGCCGUUAUGCUGUUAGUCGAUAUAAUUGUAGACGGAAUUCCUGGGUUGGACUGGACUCUCCAUAUACCGCUGAUGCUGCAUAUCUCAUUCCUCGGACUGGAUCAUACUCGCCCUAUUGUACGAGAGCACUGCAAGCAGCUUUGUUUGAACUUGUUGAUUGUUCUAGCAGAGCAUAACGACCAUUUGACUGUAGCAAGGAUUCUACUGAAUAGCGAAACGACAAAGCUUCAACUGGGUUUAACUGUCCCAUCAUUGCCGGUAAUCACAAACAAUUUCACAGAACCCAACCCCGAGUUCGACAGCUACUUGUACGGCCACACAUCUCCUGCAACAGCAUCAAUUCAAACCUCGACUGGGAUUGUCCCACUUAAUCCGAACACUUCAGAAAAUAGCGAAGUUCCACUGAUUGUCACUGAAGAGAAUGCUCCACCGCAACCAGGACCAACAAUGCAAAUUUCCCACGUCAUUAAGAGUCUUAUUCAAUUUUUAUCACAAGAAAUGACCCAACCUUUAUGGAAUUAUGAGGACAUAACAGCAAAAGUCUGGUCCAUUAAAUCAGCUGAUCAGCUUUCAUGUUUCCUGAAGCAUAUCGUCAAGGUAUUUUCAGACAGUUAUCCGCAUGCAAGGAUUUCGGAACGCUGGGCCCAAACUGCACUGCAAUUGGGCCUUAGCUGCUCGUCUCGCCAUUAUGCAGGACGUUGUCUUCAGAUUUUCCGCGCUUUAAAUGUUCCUAUCAAUUCACGGAUGCUUUCUGAUAUCUUGUCCCGUUUGGUGGAGACUGUAGCCGAGCAAGGUGAAGAUAUGCAAGGCUACGUUACUGAGCUGCUCCUAACUCUUGAAGCCGCUGUCGACAGUUUGGAUUCUGAUUUCCGCCCGUUGGAUGUUAUGAAGGAUAUAUUCAAGAGUACACCGAAUUUGAAUAACAAAGACGGAACUGGCUCCGUAGCACAAGGAAAGAAGUCACCGUCAGGCGCUACCCCUCAAUCUCCCGUAUUUUCACCAUUGGGUGGUGGUCAUGCUCGGAGCACCAGCUAUUCUGUAUCGUAUUGUGCCAGAAAGGCAACAAACUCACCGAGCGAUAAGCAAGUUGAACUACGGAACAGGAGCACCAUUCUGGAUAUAGAACGUAAAUCCGCACAAUUCAGUUCAGCUCUCUCUCGCUCCAGAAGUGCACAGAGCUUGAAGUUGCUUGGCGACACAGCUUCCCAGGAUGAUAAAAUGACGAUUCUGGCACAACUAUUCUGGCUGGCUGUAUCUCUACUGGAAAGUGACUACGAGCACGAAUUCCUUCUUGCACUCCGACUGCUUACACGUGUUCUGCAUAGAUUACCGUUGGAUCGACCCGAUGCUCGAGACAAGGUGGAAAAGCUCCAGCAACAACUCAAAUGGACAAGUUAUCCUGGCGUACAUGCACUCUUGCUCAAGGGUUGCACUCAUUCAACAACGUACGAGCCAACAAUAACACUUCUCGCACAAUUCUCUCCGCUUUUGAGUUUACCCGUCUGCGACCCGACACAGAGCUGUGCGUUCCCAAUGAAUGUGAUCGCCCUACUACCAUAUAUGCUACUCCACUACGAGGACGCCAAUGAAGUUUGUAUCCGAAGUGCUGAAAAUAUCGCUCAAGUGUCCUCAGAGCUCGGGGCCAAAUUGGAGAACUUAGGAACGGUAAUGACACUCUACAGUCGCAAGACUUUUUGCAAGGAAUCCUUCCAAUGGACGAAAUGUGUUGUUAAAUACUUACACGACACAUAUGCUCAUAUGGGAUUUCACAUGUUGGCGUUCCUAAUUGAAGUACUCGAGAAGGGUCCUCAACAAGUCCAAGUUCCUGUAUUGAAUGUCAUCCAUUGUAUGUUGCAUUAUGUGGACUUGUCGUCACCGCAAGCACACACCAUAAACGGAGAUUUACUUCGAGCCAUUGGAAAAUAUUUGGACACUGCCAACUGGCGAGAAGCCUUGAAAAUUCUAAAGUUGAUCGUGACCCGAAGUUCGAGUUUACAAGUAGUCCCUCCAUCAGACGUCGGGCUUUCAUUCAAUUUCCACAGUAGCUACCCAGACUCAGAUUUAUUCUCCAAAAAGGAGCUAGCAGGACGCACAAUGGAGUUCACAUUCGACGUGUCGCAGACUCCACUAAUCGGACGUCGUAUACUCCUCAAAUCAGAAACAGAUACUACUUCCAAUCUUCAAACUAAAAAUGGUCAGCCGGGCUCCCACAAUCCACACACAGGUACUCCCAACUCACCCAGAAGAAGCGCAAGCCUCUCACCAGCAGAUACGGUUCCAUUGAGCGGUUGGAAACGUCCUUGGAUGUCCCAGGGACGGGUGCGAGAGUGCUUGGUGAAUCUUUUGACGACAUGUGGUCAGCGAGUCGGCUUGCCAAAGAGUCCAUCGGACGAUUACAUAAAUAAUUCAGUGUGCUCGAAGUCGUUUUGCAUGUCUCCUUUCCCAGGAUCGGUGCACACUAGCCAGACUGUAAUCUUCAGUCAGUCAUCUGAUCUAAUGGAACGUCAGUCAUCGGCAGCAUCUAGCACAGAAGAGACCUCCGGUCCCCAAGGUGACCUGAGUGGCGGCUCCCGACGGGACGAUGGACAACCCGAUUUCGGAGUUUUCAAGGACUUUGACUUCUUGGAGUAUGAGAGCGAAAGUAUCGAAGGUGAAUCAACGGAUAAUUUCAAUUGGGGCGUUAGACGUCGUCCCCUAUCCGAGGGAGGUGAUAGUGAACCUUUAACUGGUUCAAAGGCCCAUUCGACAUUAGACGAAAGUUUGAGUGAAAAGACGCCAAUUUUGAAUAAACGAAGGCGACACCUGGCCGACGAUUCUUCCGAUGAGGAAGUGGAGUCCGAAUCUCCAAUAGAUGAGGAUCAUAGACAACCAUUUUCUAAAUCACCUUUCUUGGUUGGGCCGCCCACGUCCUUAAGUUUGCGUGAGCGAAGACAUAGACGUGAUUCCGUCUCUCGAAGUGAUACCAGCGGCUCUAGCGCUGGAGAUCUGGGCGACAUAACACCAUGCAACGCAUCACCCCAUCUUCCAGGACUCAGUGCAUUCCGUGCGCCAAUUCGCGAUGAAGGAGAAGAGAACUGGCGUACACAGUUACAAUUGCUGCUCGUAAAUCAACCUUCCGCCCAUGCUCCUGACUUGCUCUAUCAGCUAUUCCGCCUGAUAAAGGAGCUAAGCUUGAAAUCCAUAUCUGUUUCGCAAGAAUCUCGCAAAUAUUUUUCUGGGAUUGGUGCCCAACUUGGAAAUCGCAUCGCUAUCCUAGCUGAGUUGCUAUCAACUAAAUCGGACCCACCUCGCAUCUGGUACAGUCCCUCUCAACCGACAACUCCUCGUUUGUUCGAAACGUUACGAUUUAAUGUAUUAGAAGUCCAAGAGCAUUUGGAAACAUUUUUCGAUCGCAAGGAUCAUGUUCUUGAGUGCUUGGAUUCAGUGAAGACUUCAUGUAAAUUGGCUUUGCAAAGUGACGUGGACUCAUCCCAGGAAGGUGCAGGCGCUGGAGGUUUCAUUCUCUUCGAUCCGGCUACGACUGAAAUCUUAUUGGAUUUGGGACGGGCCAUAUACAAGUUGAUGUUCCAGCUCCUACUUCUCAUUGAGUCGAACCAUAAAAUUGCUAUGAGCGUUGUGAAUAAUUUAAAGCAAAAUGAAAAGCUUCAGGACAUGUCUGAUGCGUACGUAGCAAUCCGUGGCGCACUACUGCGAAGCAUUGACGAUGCCGAAAUGGAGUCUUUGGACACGUCGACAUCAACCGAGGGGGAGCACACUCCGACACCGUCUCCAGGAAUUCCUUUGACUAACGCCGAAUUUGAAAAUGCACUAUGUGAACUAAUCGAUAACCAGAAAUGGUCAUCUGCUAUCACUCACGUUCGUCAAUUUAAGCGAAUGUCCCAGCUUUCCGGAUCCAAUUUAAAUUUAACCAUCGUGGGUGCAGGGAUGCUUUCUCUGUCAGGCAGCUAUGAUAGCCAUUCGAAUGAUGAACUCUCCACUAUUUUGAAUAUUUACGCGCAAAGACUGAUCAGAGAUAAAACUGAUGGCUUCAUAAUGUCGAAAAGUGAACAAGAGCUCGGCGAAGUUUAUAAUUUGCUUACAGAAAAUCUGUAUCACGUGUCCAGUGCUUUGCAGGCCAUGGAAAUUAACAUGAAAAGUUAUUCGGGUGUUUCUGCAUCAGCAGCGAACAAGGAGGGAAGCGACAUCAUAACCACUUUAUAAACAUUUUCUGGAUGUGCGAUUCUUCUGGGAAAUGCAAGCACAAUUGUAUCCAUUAUCGCUUAUUUAGGCAAGCAAAAGCAGUUUUUAAUGGCUAAUUUUAAAGUAAUCCUUUCGUCAUCAAUAUCCAAUACGUAUGUGUAUGAGUAUUUAGUGAGUUAUCAAUAAAGAUCAGAUUUUAGAAAGUA